AAAGCUAAUUUAAAGUGGAAAGUGAUUAUAUAUUAGAAGUAUGAGGUCUGCUUCUGUAGGCAGGCUGUAAUACACCAAAUAAAUCCAUCAAUUAAUAGGAAGGCUCCUUUAAUACUAUGGGAAAGGCACUGGUUGCAGCCAUGCAGCAGAGUUGGGAGUGCCUUGGGGUUAUAUUCACCUGUUCAAACACUAAGAAUGUGUUUUGGAUUGGAAGCUUUUCUAUGACAUGGUGGUUUACAGCACCUCCUGAAUUUGUUCUGUUGAGUUCAUUAGGUUAAGCUGUAAAGGACCCUACAGCUGUUGAAAGAGCAAAUUUGUUGAACAUGGCUAAACUGAGUAUCAAAGGACUCAUUGAAUCAGCCUUGAGCUUUGGGCGCACUCUGGAUUCUGACUACCCACCUUUGCAGCAGUUCUUUGUUGUCAUGGAGCACUGCCUGAAGCAUGGCCUGAAAGUAAGAAAAUCCUUCCUAAGUUACAAUAAAACCAUCUGGGGUCCUCUGGAACUUGUGGAGAAAUUAUAUCCAGAAGCUGAGGAAAUAGCAGCAAGUGUCAGAGACUUGCCUGGCCUUAAGACACCGCUGGGCCGUGCCCGGGCCUGGUUGCGGCUCGCGCUGAUGCAGAAGAAAAUGGCAGAUUAUCUUCGCUGUUUAAUCAUUCAGAGAGACCUCCUCAGUGAGUUUUAUGAGUAUCAUGCACUCAUGAUGGAGGAAGAAGGAGCAGUUAUUGUUGGGCUCUUAGUUGGGCUAAAUGUGAUCGAUGCCAACCUGUGUGUGAAGGGAGAGGACCUGGAUUCACAAGUUGGGGUGAUCGAUUUCUCUGUGUAUUUGAAGAGUGAUGAUGACAUUGGGGGUAAAGAAAGGAAUGUACAGAUUGCUGCAAUAUUGGACCAAAAGAAUUAUGUUGAGGAACUAAACAGGCAACUGAAUAGCACAGUUAGCAGUCUACAUGCAAGAGUUGACUCACUGGAGAAAUCAAACACUAAACUGAUUGAAGAGUUAGCAAUAGCGAAAAACAAUAUAAUUAAACUUCAGGAAGAGAACCAUCAAUUAAGGAGUGAAAAUACUUUGAUUUUAAUGAAAACACAGCAUCAUCUAGAGGCAGCUAAAGUGGAUGUGGAAGCAGAGCUUCAGACGUACAAACACUCGAGGCAGGGCUUGGAUGAGAUGUACAAUGAGGCUCGCAGGCAGCUCCGGGAGGAGGCACAGCUGCGGCAGGAUAUGGAGAAUGAGCUAGUGGUUCAAGUUAGCAUGAAGCAUGAGAUAGAGCUUGCCAUGAAGCUGCUGGAGAAGGAUAUCCAUGAGAAGCAGGACACUCUCAUCGGCCUGCGGCAGCAGCUUGAUGAGGUUAAAGCAAUUAACGUGGAAAUGUACCAAAAGCUGCAGGUUUCUGAAGAUGCUAUGAAAGAAAAGAAUGAAAUAAUUAGUCGAUUAGAGGAUAAGACCAAUCAAAUUAAUGCAACUAUGAAACAGCUAGAACAAAGUGACAAAGAUCUGUUAACUCAAACUAGGACUAUUGCAAUGUCAUUCGUCAAAUGUGCCAGCAAUGAGGCUCAGCACCAGUAUAAACUUGUCAAGGAUAUAUCAUUCUGAAAGCUCCUCCAGAUCUCUUGUGUUGAAAUAAUUGCUGAUAAAAUAGGACUUGAGAAUUUUCCAAUUAAAACUUGAAAGUGGUAUUAGAAAUCCUGCACUGUAACUGAUCGUAGCUGGGUUCUGUUUUGUUUUCUGAAAGAACAUCAUCUCCGAUCUCACUUUACCCCUCCUUAAAAAAAAACAGAGAGAGAAAAAAAAAAGUAAAUUAUUGCACUAUUAUUGCAAAUGUAAGCUAGUUUUCUAAUGUUAUUGAAUCACUUCUUUGUCAAAUUUUAUUUUAAGAGGUUAGAUAUGUUUACUUUGACUGUACAUUUUUAUGGCACUUGUUUCUAAUUAGUGAUUUUUCCCAUUCUUUGGUACUCAGAGAUUUAAAAAGUAGCCCUUCUGGCUAAUACUUCCCUUCUCCCCUGCUUAUUCCUUUUACUUUUAGGCUGUAUUGAUCCCAAAAGCAUGCUCUCUGUUGGGUUUUGUGGUUGUACCUAGCACUUCAAUCAGAGUGGCAGGAGUUGGAGGGAGGGAGCUGAGCUCUCCGAAGGAUGGGUGUAAGGAAAGGGGCUGGUGCCACCCUCCGUGUCCUGUGUGUGCAGGGAAGGGCUGACAGCCUUUGGGCAUCCAACAGCUACAGCACAGUCCCACCUCCCUGCUGCCACCUGGCGUAAAAUAUUCUCCUGGAGUCAAAAUGUGCUUGGAGCCUGAUUGCUGAGGGACUCCAGGCAUGUUCUGUAGCUGUGGCUCCUGCCUAGCACAGCUGCCCUGGGAGGUGGAGCAGUGAGCAGGAUUUAGUUUGGGCCCAGCUCCUGAACCUGCCCAACCCGUUUGGCAGCUGAGGAUCUUGCCUGGCUGUGUGUGCUGAGAUCAACACCCCUGGCUCUGCCCAAACCCUUUUCCCUCCCUCCACCCAUCAUUGGAGCCUUUACAGCUCCUGUUUCUGCUGUGAGCUGCUGCUUGCCUGCGCUGCAGAAAGAGGAGUUUGGGCUGCUGGCUUCUCUUAAUACACUCCCUGAUGUUUGCUCUGAAGCUGGUAGUGGAAGUUGGCUGGGAAAAUGAUCUUAGAGUUUUGCAGCAGAAGGGGAUGUGUUUGAAAAAGUGGGGACAGGAUGCAAUAAUACAGAAAGGGUUUCUACUGCAUGGUUAUAGAGUAGCUUAUUCCUUGGUUUGGAAGCAGAGGGAGCCUUUACCAUGAGCUGGCUACUGAAAAAUACAAAUUAAUAUCUUUCAUCUCGAAAGAAAACCCAAACCAGAAACACUGAAUAGAGCAACGUGAAGGCCAUGGCAGAAAUGGGAGCCUUAUCCACCUCACUAUGCAAACAAGUAUCUGCCACAGCAUCACCUGAAUGCCAAGUCCAGCUGCACACUGGGGCCAGCUCAGCAUCUGCCUGAAUUCCAGCAGCUCAGCCAGCCCUGGUGCUGGGCUGGGGAUGAUGCUGCGGCUUUGGGGUAGCAAGCUCCCGUUCUGCCUUGCUUGUGGAAACAACUCUGCAGUUGAUUUUGUGAUUUAGGAAAAGCUUUAAAAUGCUUUUGGUGUUGCAGAGGGGAGGGUGACCUGCUUUUUCCCAGUAUUCUCCUUCCCAUGGCUCUGCCCUCUGUGCACUACCAUUGUAGGUGUGACUGGGAGCACUCUUCAAGCCCCUGGGAUAGCUGAGUGUGACAGUGCACCCUUGAUAAGGUAGUUUAACUCCAGCCUUGUUUGCUGGCAGCUUUUGGAAACUCCCUCUGCUGCAACCUCAUCAGCAGAAGCACAAACACAGACAUAUUGCUGACACAUCCUCUUUUUAGCUGACACUGGGAGCUGGGAGUUGGUCUGUGUUCAGUGAGCUGCUGGGAAGGGAGAAAUCAACCAUCUCACUGAUUUCUCCCAGCACCUCCCCUGAGACAGUUUUGCAGACCACAGUGCAUCAGGUGGGGGCAUUCAUUGGGAUUUUACAGGCUCUUGUAUUCUCCAGACAGGUGGAACCACAAUAUAGCACAAAUCCCCUUCUAGUGCACUUUUGUUACAAUGCAUCCACCAGAGAGGAACCACAGUGAACUAAUGCAUUCCAAGGGGACUGUCAGCUGAACAAAGCUGAAAUUCAGAAAGAGGAGAUUAAAUCAAAUAACAACCCCUCAUUUCUUGAUUCAUCACUUUGAUUUGUCUAUAGUACGGAGCUAUUUUAACCAGUGUAAGAAUGCAUUAUUUUUAAUACAGACUCUCUAAAUUAAUUAUGAUGUAGUUGAGGUAGUUCUAUAAAUGUAGUGGGACCUGUCAGGGUGUAUUUUGUUGUAUUAGGCUAGUCAAGUUUUUCGCUGUCUGAUUGCAGUGCUCUGUAUGCAACCUUACGCCUCAGUUGUUUUGAGCUGCUUUUGCACAACAAAUGCUCUCCCCUGUCUUAAUGGGUGAUCAGUGCAAGCCAAGUACUUCUACAGAAUUUACUUGGGGGAAAAAAAAGAGCUUCAGAAAUAACACAUGAACGUAUUGUGGCUAAAGGACAAAGAAAAGCAUCAGGUUAAAUGCUUUGAUUCUAAAAUAUGUAUCAUGCUUUGGCACCUGUUAUUCAUGAGCAUAAAAUAAAGCAAUUAUUACUUACA